AUGUCCGACGUCAAGCUCGACAACGACGUCUUCUUCCGUCGGGCCAAGAAGAUCUUUGACGUCUGGGAGGUGCUCGGCGAGGCUGCUGCCUUGCAGAUCUUCCUUGGAGAUGCGUCUGAUGACACUCCCGCUUUCACCAAGACUGCUGCUCUCCAGACAUACCUUCUCGGCUUCGAGUUCCCAUCCACCUUGAUCAUUUUCUGGAAGUCGUCGAAGAAGAUCACCUUUGUGUGCAGCUCGUCCAAGGCCAAGAUCCUGCGCCAGCUGCAGUCCCAGUCUGGUAUCGAGAUUGACGUGCGGGUCCGCGCUCCAAAGGACGAGUCUACUGCCAGCGUCAUCCCCGACCUCGUCCUGGAGCUCAGCGACUCCAAGGUCGGCAACAUUCCCAAGGACAAGGCCUCGGGCAAGCUCGCCGAUGAGUGGAACACUGGUGGCUCCAAGGCGACCAUUGAGUUUGUCGACGUCACGAUCCCCAUCUCUUCGAUCCUUGCCGACAAGGACGCGGACGAGAUUAACGCGACUGUCACAGCCGCGCGCCUCACGUCGACCUGCAUGCAGCACUACUUCAAGUCCAAGAUGGAGGCCUUGAUAGACCGUGGUACCGCCAUCACCCACGAGUCCUUCUCGCAGCUGAUCGAGGAGAAGAUUGGCAACGACGAGAAGGGUGCCGACAUGAAGCUGUGGAACAAGAACCCCCAGCUCAAGGACGUCGACUUUACCAACACCGACUGGGUCUACUCGCCAAUUAUCCAGUCCGGUGGCGACUAUGACCUGCGUGUUUCUGCCUACUCGAACGAGAGCAACCUCAAGCCCGGCGUCAUCCUGUCGAGCCUCGGUAUCCGUUACAAGUCGUACUGUGCCAGCAUGGCCCGCACGUUCAUGAUUAGCCCCAGCAAGAAGCAGGAGGCCAACUUCCAGAUCCUUCUCGAGGUCCGCCAGGAGGUUCUCAAGAUGCUCAAGGACGGCGCCAUCAUCAAGGACGUUUACAACGCUGCCGCCCAGCUUGUCACCGCCAAGGGUCUCGGCGACGCCUUUGUCAAGAACAUUGGCUUCGCUACCGGCCUGGAGUACCGCGACAGCACCCUUCUCCUUGGCCCCAAGGACGACCGUGAGCUCAAGGAGAACAUGGUCCUGGUCGUCACCAUUGGUCUCCAGAACCUCUCCGACAAGAAGGGCAACUACUCGCUCAUUCUGUCGGACACCGUCAAGGUGGGACAGGACAGUGGUGCCUUCCUCACCGAGGGCUGCACCCGUCUGCGUGAUGUCGUCAUGGAGCUUGACGACGAAGAGGAGGAGGAGGAGAUCCCCGAGAAGAAGAAGCCCGUCAAGGCCGCCGCCAAGCCCAAGUCGAACGGCGCCAGCAACGGCAAGCCUCCCUCGUCGUCCACUCACAAGUCACCCGCCAAGACGCGUGGUGCCGUCACCGGUGGCAAGGCGACUCGUGGUGCGCAGCGCGAUCAGGUCGAGUCUACCACUGCUCAGCGCAUCAAGGUGCACCAGAACGAGCUCCACGGGCAACGCAAGGCGGACGGUCUCAAGAAGUGGGCCAAUGGCGGCAGCGGCAAGGACAACAGCAACAACAAGGUCAUCAAGCGCUACGAGUCUUACAGGCGCGAGGAGCAGCUUCCAAGCAUUGUUCAGGACCGUCGUAUCUACGUCGACGAGCAUCGCCAGACCAUUGUUCUGCCCAUCAACGGCUUUGCCGCUCCCUUCCACAUUUCCACUGUGAAGAACGUGAGCAAGGUGGAGGAGUCUUCCCACAUUGCUCUCCGCAUCAACUUCCAGUCGCCUGGACAGAUUGCCGGCAAGAAGGAGGACAUGCCAUUCGAGGACCCGGACGCGACCUUUGUCCGCUCCCUCACUUUCCGCUCCAAAGACACGCGCCACAUGCUCAAGGUGUUUGAGCAGAUCACCGGCUUGAAGAAGGCCGCUACCAAGCGCGAGGCUGAGCGCAAGGAGAUGGCCGAUGUUAUCGAGCAGGAGAAGCUCAUCGAGAUCAAGGGCCGUCACCCUUACGUGCUCAAGCACGUCUUCCCCCGUCCCGCCACCGAGGGCAAGAAGUCGGACGGCAACCUCGAGAUCCACCAGAACGGUAUCCGCUUCCGCCCUGACGGCCCCGGUGCCAAGAUUGACCUGCUGUUUAGCAACAUCAAGCACCUGUUCUUCCAGCCCAGCGAAAAGGAGCUCAUCGUUCUCCUCCACGUCCACCUCAAGGCGCCCAUCAUGAUCGGCAAGAAGAAGACGUUUGACGUCCAGUUCUUCCGCGAGGUGACCGACAUGAACUUUGACGAGACCACCGGCAAGCGCCGCAAGGCCCGUUACGGCGACGAGGACGAGAUUGAGCAGGAGCAGGAGGACCGCAAGCGUCGCCAGGAGCUCGACAAGAUGUUCCAGACCUUUGCCAAGCGCAUCUCGGACGCUGCCCAGACCCAGCAGUACGAGCUCGAGGUCGACGUUCCCUUCCGCGAGCUCGGCUUCAACGGUGUUCCCAACCGCACCAACGUUGUGCUCAUGCCCACCACCGACUGCCUCGUCCACCUCACCGAGUGGCCUCCUACCGUCAUCACUCUUUCCGAGGUCGAGAUUGUCCACUUUGAGCGUGUGCAGUUUGGCCUCAAGGCCUUUGACAUGGUCUUUGUUCUCAACGACUUUAAGAAGAACCCUAUCGCCAUCAACUCCAUUCCUGUCGUCCACCUCGACAACGUCAAGGAGUGGUUGGACUCGGUCGACAUUCCCAUCUCGGAGGGUCCCGUCAACCUGUCGUGGCCUGCGAUCAUGAAGACCAUCAACGAGAACCCUUACGAGUUCUACAAGGAAGGCGGCUGGGAGUUCCUUACUGGUGGUGGCGACUCGGGCUCGGAGGACGAGAGCACCGAGGGGUCGGUCUUCGAGGACGAGAGCGACGACUUUGGCGCGUCCAGCGACGACAGCGAGGUCUCGUCCGACGACUACGACGAGGAUGACGGCUCUGGAUCCGAGGGCGACUUUACGGACGACGACGAGAGCGGGGACGACUGGGACGAGCUGGAGCGCAAGGCUAAGAAGGCCGACGAAAAGCGCCGUGACGCCGGCGACGAUCUGUCCGACGACGGCCGCAAGAGCAAGAAGAAGGGCGGCCGCAAGUAA